CAGACAAGCGAAGAGGGUGGGGGAAAAGGAAUCAUACAUAAGACUCUCUUUCUCUCUCCUUCAUUUUUUAACCCGUCGUCUCCGGGGAAGGAAGUCGAACUGCCCAUUUUUUGCUGCUUUGCGUGUUUUGACCAGUAAGAAAGAGAAGAGAGAAAAAGAGGUAGAGAGUGAGAGAGAGAGAGAGACCUUGUUCCAGUGUCAUUAUCUGUGAUAUACUCUCGAGGAACGAAGACCCAAAUCCUCUACUUCCCAUACUUGGUUCAUUUUUAUUUUAUAUUUCUUUUUUAUUUCGUAACACAUAUCUACCUCUUCUCUAUCCAUCUCUCUCCGUCUUCUCUCUUUCUCUCGAGCAUGUCUGUUGGUUGAAGAAGAGAGAAGGGUCUUUCUAUUCUACCUUGGGCCCUUUUUCGGACUCACCUCUCAGAGCAUCUCAAGGUGUUCCUUUGUUCAGCCAUAUCUAGUCUUGUCUCUCCCUACAAAUCAUUCUCCAAAUUCUUCCGGGAGAAGAGAAAAGAAGAGAAAGAACACCACCCACAAACCCACCUUAAAAGAUCACAGCUUUAAUUUGUUUGGACUCUUGAUAUUUAUUCUUGAGAGACCCAAUUGGGUUAGAGAUAGAGAGGAGUGGCCAGGUUCUAUUGGACUGCAGCUUGAAUAUAAAUAUCAUCGGCAAGCUUUCCUUAGGAUUAUUCGAGAUAAAAAACGUAUCCUUUCAAGGAACAAUGUUCAUUGAGCCCUCCUCAGUGCCCACUCCUGAUCUUUCCUUGCAUAUUAGCCCCCCUAACAGCGCUCCAUCGUCGAUCUGCAAUGGCAACAGCGACCAAGAUACUACUGGUUUAGACCUUUGGCGUCGUCAUGAUGGUCUCAGGUCCAACAGUGACAGCUCCGUGAGACCUGAUUCACAAGCUUACACUGAACUCUCCCUAGCGAACCCAAGGAACGGAUUUGAGGCCGAGAGCCAGUGGAGGAGAAGCUUCACUAGAGGAGGAGCUGAAGAAGAUGAAUUGCGCCAUGAACAACCGACCGACCACUAUUCUCAACAUCACCACCUUCGCCAUCCUAACAGCAACCGACUAAAUCACCUAAACCAUGCCCCCUCAAUCCUCGAUGCCUCAGACGGGCUGAGGCCGAUAAAAGGGAUUCCGGUCUAUCAUAACCGCUCGUUUCCCUUCAUCCCCAUGGAACGUUCAAGAGAGAAGGAUGGAAAGAUGUGCUUCUACCAAAUGUCCUAUCCCUCCUGGUCUUCAUCUUUGUGUUCAUCCUCGUCUCCCUCUUCGGUUUGCUCUUCGUCUUGUCCUUCUUCAGCUUCUCCUUCUUCCCCUUUCAUGGCAGGAGGCUUCGAUCCCAUGGCAAUCUUACACUCCGGGCCGAACUCCCCAUCUCCAUCAUCAGCUUAUCGGAUAGCAGCUGCUGCUUCGAGGUUCAAUGGACUAUCAUCAGAUACACUGAAACCCCACCAACUUCAUAGCCUCCACCACCCCCACCAAUAUGGAAUUGGACCUUCGGAUGCAUCUCAUGCGAUGAUUAGAUCAAGAUUUAUGCCCAAGCUACCGACCAAGAGGAACAUGAGAGCUCCAAGGAUGCGAUGGACAAGCACUCUUCAUGCUCGCUUCGUUCACGCCGUGGAGCUCCUCGGUGGCCAUGAAAGGGCGACUCCAAAGUCUGUUCUUGAGCUCAUGGAUGUCAAAGAUCUUACAUUAGCUCAUGUUAAGAGUCAUUUGCAGAUGUAUCGAACUGUUAAGACGACUGACAAGCCUGCAGCUUCUUCAGGUCAAUCGGAUGGAUCUGGAGAAGAAGAUUUCUCACCAGCAGCCACUAACAACGAUUUGAAUUUACGCCGAUUUAUCGACCAGAGAGGAUCGACAGAUGGGUCUGUGCAACAAGAUACAGAUUACCCUUCUACUGCUACCUUGUGGAGUAACUCUUCAAGCAAUAGAGGAAGCUGGCUGCAAACUAACUCAAGUGACAUGGAUGGACAUAGAUCAGAAACCUUCCCAUCUCAGCAAAGAUCUGGGCACCAAAUUGAGGAAAGCGAUUUGACCCGAACAAAAAGCUUUCUGGGAUCUCAUUUGGAGCUCAAGAACCCAAGCUUGGAGUUCACCUUAGGAAGACCAGACUGGUGUGGUCAAGAGCAUGACUGAUUAACUAGAACCCAUUGUCUCAACAUUUAAAGCUGGCAUUCCAUGAUUGGUCCAGUAUCUUCAUCAGUGAGAAGGGAUAUAUAGAUAUAGAAAUAUAUGGGCAUACAAACAGAAGAAGAGGGGUGUUGAGUAGAUUUGGAUGAAGAAGCCAUAUCUAAUUAUUCCGUGCAUGUAAGUCUCAUAUCAGACAUACACCUUUUUUGGGUAUUGUAAGCUUUUUUUUUUCUCUCUCUCUCUCUCUCUCUCUGGGUGUUGUAAGUGGCAUUGAUGCACUUUAAUUUGAGUUGAUGUUAUUCCAUGCAUGGAAAUCAGGAAAGAAGGAGAAGAAGAAGGAGAAAGAAAAAGGAAUCAGAUCUCAGUGGUGCAUUAUUUGGGGUUAUAUUCUCUUUUUUCCUUUACUAUAAAAUCUUUUCUGAUGCAGUGUUUCAUCCUUUUAUGGGUCCAUUGUCGCCCUAGAGUGUGAAAGGCUUGACUUUUGGAA